AUGGGUAGGGAGUCUGUGCCCGGGCGGUGUCCGGUGCGGAGUCUCUCUCUGAUCCCACCUGUGGUGUUGGGUGGGCGAGCCUCGAGCGCGCUCAUCUCGAUCGUCAAGGCGUCGCUACGCGCGGUCUUCCGCGGGGGGGGCUUCGUCGACGGGUGUGGUGUGGGCGCGAGAAUAGCUCCGCCGUUCAUGGAGGCAACCGAUACGAGUCGACUGGUCACGACGGAGAAUCAGCAGCCCAUCAGCUCCGUGACCGUCACCCCGGAUACCAAGAGCAAGCCUUCCAAGGCGAAGAAGUAUCUCAAAAACUUCGAGAUCUGGGUCGGCAAGAAGGCUGGAGAAAAGGCGGUGAAGCACCGCUACGUGACUAUCAUUCUCCCCGGCAAGAAGAAAACGCUCGCGUUUGGCGAGAUAGAGGCGGCCGCGAUCCUCGACGCCUGGCUCCACGGUCACCAGCGAGCGGUCUGGGUGUCGGCGUCGGCGGACUUGCACGCAGACGCCGUGCGCGACUUGCGCGCCGUGUGCUCUGCCACGCCGGGCAUGCCGCAGCUGCACAAGCUCGUCACCCCGCUCUCCUCUGCGCCGAUCGGCGUCGUCUUUUCGUCGUACGCGCUGCUCGCGCGGCCAGCGCGGCUCGCCCAGCUCCUCGCGUGGUGCCAGGGCGGCGGGCGGCGCGGCGGCCGGCAGAGCGGUGCGCGCCCCUUUGAGGGCGUCGUGUGCCUCGACGAGUGCCACCGCGCCAAGGCGGCGACCGCCACCGGCAUGGGGACGCUCUUUGCCACCGGCAUGGGGACGCUCUUUGCCACCGGCAUGGGGACGCUCUUUGCCACCGGCAUGGGGACGCUCUUUGCCACCGGCAUGGGGACGCUCUUUGCCACCGGCAUGGGGACGCUCUUUGCCACCGGCAUGGGGACGCUCUUUGCCACCGGCAUGGGGACGGCGGUGCUGCGCAUGCAGGCUGAGCUCCCGCUGGGCCGUCUCAUCUAUGCGUCCGCCACCGCCGCGACCGAGCUGCAAAACAUGGCUCCCACAACUCACGGGCGGCUUCGGCCUGUGAAAGACGAGAUGCCGGGCACCGGCUUCGCUUCCUUCGGCGCUUUCCGCUCCGAGAUGACCGCGGCGGGGCCGGCGGCGCAGGAGCUGCUACCGCUGCACCUCAAGGCCACGGGGCGGCUUGUUUCCCGGCUCAUCUCGUUUGAGGGCGUCCCGAUCACGGCGCGCCUCUCGGCAAAGGGCGUGCCAGCCGUCGAGCUCUCUGGGCGGCACGAGGCGGCGCCACUGCGGGCGGCCUCGCGGGAGCGCUUCCAGUCCGGCGAGGCGCGCGCGCGCGUCGCAGUCAUUUCGGAUGCGGCCUCGACGGGCGUCUCGCUGCACUGCCCGCCCGCCACCGAGGGCGUGCCCGUGCGGCCGCGCUUGCACGUCACGCUCGAGCUCAACUGGUCCGCCGAUCGGCAGCUGCAGCAGCUCGGCCGGACGCACCGCACCGGCCAGGCCGUGCCGCCCGAACACAUCCUCAUCGUUACGGACGUCGGCGGCGAGCGCCGGUUCGUGUCGACGGUAGCGCGGCGCCUCCGCUCGCUCGGCGCGCUCUCGGGCGGUUCCGUCGGCGGCACCGGCGCUUGCCACAGCGCAACUUCUGCCACGGCCGCCGCCGCCGCUGGCGGCGGCGGCGACGCGGAGGGCGGCGGCGGUGCUUGCGACGGUGGCGCGGCGGGCGGCGGCGGCGGCGGCGGCGGCGGCUGCGGCGGCGGCGGCGGCGGGGCGGGCAGCGGCGGCGGGGCGGGCAGCGGUGGCGGCGGGGCGGGCGCCGCCGAUGCGGGCGGCGGCGGAGGGUGGAGCGAGGUGUUGACGUCGAUGGAGACCGCCGAGGGCUCAGCGGCGCUCGUCGCAAUGUACACGGCGCUCGGCGUCGCCGCCGCGGAGAGUGCGGAUGGCAUUCCCGACGCGACGGCGCGCCGCGCGCUGCGCCGCUAUCUUCGCUCUCGCGUGCGGGUUGGGGCGGGCGGCAACUGCACCGCUGUUAGGGACAAGGUCGUGGAGGCGGCGCCGGCGGCACGAGAUGGCUAA